AUAGACUGGCAUUAGCACGCUGCUGGAGCACGAGGCAAUAUCGGAGCGGGGAGUCAUUUGACAGCUUCCUUUACAAAGGAGGAUCUUCCACAAAAGGACGCUUCCUCCAAUCAUCUAGAGAGCUGAGAGAUCAGAUGGAGGAAGUGCUGAUCUUAAAAACUGCCUCUGAUUCCAGCUGCUCUUCUCAAGCCUCCUCAUCUCGCUCAUCACCGGAUGCCCAGGAAAAUUUACACUCCCAAUCAUCUUCUCCUGAGCCUUCCACCAUGUGUGUGACCACUGUACCCCCUCCUCCUCCUCCACCACCGCCUCCUCUCCCCCCUCCACCCCCUCCUCCGCCUCCUCUUCUUGCCCCUUCUUCUUUUGGCUCUCGAGGGGUCCAGCGUCGUUCCAUGAAAAAGCUGAACUGGGACACCAUUCCCAGUCAGCGUGUCCUGGGCAAACGUAACGUGUGGACGACAAAGGGGGCGCAGAGGGAACUGGUGCUGGAUAUCAGGAGCAUGGAGGAGUUGUUUAGUCAUGUGGACAAACGGGCCUCAAUACGCAACUCAAGGGUUAUGGGUCUGAAGAACAGUGAUGGUUUGGACCUCUUUCCACAGGAGCCUCAGGUCACAAUCCUUGACUCUAAGAAGAGUAUGAAUAUUGGGAUCUUCCUGAGACAUUUCAAGAGGCCAGUGGCAGAGAUGGUCCAGGAUAUUUGUCACGGAAACUGGCUCAGAUUUGGAACAGGGAAACUGAAGGAGUUGUGUAAACUGCUGCCAGAAGACAGUGAGGUGAAGCAGCUGAUGUCAUUCAGUGGGAACCUGUCUGUGUUACCUGAGGCUGACCAGUUCAUGGUGCAGCUGGUCAAAGUGCCAGGCUAUGAGGAACGCCUGAAAGCGAUGGUGCUGAGGGAGGAAUUCUUUCCUUUAAUGGAGGAGGUGAAAAACUCUGUUGCUGUCAUGACCAAGGGAGCUAAUGAGCUGUUAGACUGUGAUGACCUCCAUACAGUUAUUCGGCUGGUCUUGAAAGCUGGGAAUUACAUGAACGCUGGUGGGUACAGUGCCAAUGCCAUUGGCUUCAGAAUGACCUCUCUGCUCAAGCUGGCAGACACCAAGGCCAACAAGCCGGGUAUGAACCUCAUGCACUACGUUGCCAAGCAAGCAGAAGAUAUCGAUGCAGAGUUGCUGACAUUUCCCAGUCAACUUCAACACAUUGGCAUGGCAUCAAGAAUUUGCAAAGAGGAGGUGAUCUCAGACUAUGAGAGAGAGGUCAAGAAGAUCAAGGAAGUGAAAUUGUACACCAGCAGACAUCCUGCCCUCUUACAGCAAAUGCAGACAUUUUUCAUGAGGGCUGAAACAAAGCUGGCUGAUGUGGAGUCUUUCAUACAGGAUCUCAGUGUCGUGAGUGACCAUGUUGCUGAGUACUACUGUGAAGACCCGGCUACCUUUAAACUGGGGGAGUGCUGCUCCAUCUUUCACUCAUUUUGCCAACGAUUUGAAGCAGCUGUACAGGAGAACCGAGAGCGAGAGCAAGCAGAGGAGAGACGCAAGAGGAGGGAGAGCGUGCGUGUUGCAGCCAAACGUCGCUCCACUGUGUCCUGCUCCAGACCUGAACCAAAUCAUGACUCCAGCCUAGAGUCAGUCUUACAAAACUUCCUUUCCACUGUUCCAGAGGGACUGUCCAGAUGCAGGAAGAACACGCUGCCCACAAUCAAAGGAUCACCGUCUUUGUGCAGCUCCAAGACUGUUCCACCUGUAGAAAAAACAGAAACUUUGUCGGGGUCUGCACAAGAUCUUUCUGAGAAUAAGCAACCUAAACUGCAGGAAGAGCAGGAGCCACUGCUGGAAAACAAAGAUGAGGCUGAGAAGAUGCGCAAGAUAACUCGGAAGGUGCUUCACUACCAAAAAAGUCUCGACAGGGACAGAGUUCAAGGUACUCCUCAGCAGUCAAAGAGGGCAGCCAACACAGAAGCUUCCCCAAGCACCCCUCAACAAUCAGAGAGAGCCAACAACACAGAAGUUCUCCCAAGAACCCCUCAACAAUCAGAGAGAGCCAACAACACAGAAGUUUCCCCAAGAACCCCUCAACAGUCAGAGAAAGCCAACAACACAGAAGCUUCUCCUAGAACUCCUCAACAGUCAGAGAGAGCCACAAAUACAGAAGCUUCUCCUAGAACUCCUCAACAGUCAGAGAGAGCCACAAAUACAGAAGCAUCUCAAAGAACCCCUUAUCCUAGAGUCAGAGACUACUUCUUUGCUAACAACCCAGGCUCCCCGUGGACUAUCCUGAGCCCUUUAACCUGCCCCAAAGAAAACCCAACCUCUCAAAACAGACAUCCCAGACGACCGUCAUCAUUAGGCGGAGAUGACCAGGACAACCUCUGGGUCUCCAACCAGGGAACUUCUCCAUCUGGAGGUGCUGCGUCUCUUCCUGAGUGCCCCAGUAAGAGAGCGACAUCCCGGGCUCCAAUCCUCAGGUCGGUGUCUGUGGAUGAAGCCAAGAGAUCUCCGACAUCGCUCAUUCGACUGGGAGAGCUGUUCCACAGAAGCAUUUCUCAAAGGUCGCACUCAUCUGGAUCGAGGACAGAAAUAGUGAAGGAAGCAGAAGAAGGAGACUGUUUACUGCUCGGCAGGAAGUCAGAGAAUCAUGUAGAGGGGCGUGAGGGCACUUCAGGGAUCAGAUCUUUUUUCAGACGCAUUGGAGGUAGAAGUAAACCUUUCGAUGUGGACCAGCAGCACUUUAAAGGAUCUUAUACUUGAUUUUGUGCAUAGUUUUUUUUUACAGAGACAGAUGAAAGGCUUUUUAAAGAUUGAAAUUCCUCUUUUAUUUUUUUCACUGUACUCUUUUACCCUUCAGUGGAACCAAGGCAAAUGGGGACUUGCUUUGAACUGUAUGGGCUCAGACUUCAAACCAGAAAUCAUAAUAUAUAUCUUUUUUACUUUUUUGUGCAAUAAAUGAUUAUUACCUUUUUAA